AUGGCUCGCGUCCUGCGCACCUCCCACGUUGUGGCCUUGCCAGCCGGCGCCGCGCUCCAUGAGCGUUCUCUCCCGCUCACCUACCUAGAUGCGGUGUGCCUCCACCGCCCGCUCGUCGAGGGCGUCUUCUUCUACCCCGACGCCACCAGCGACGUCCUCUCCAACCUCACGGACUCCUUGUCCAAUGCACUAGCCGCAUUUUACCCUCUGUCCGGCCGCCUCCGCCUCACCCCCGGCACGCACAACCGCUACGAACUCCACUACCAGCCGGGCGACAGCGUCACCUUUACCGUCGCCGAGUACGACAAUCACCAUGUCGGCUUCGAGGAGCAUGCCACGGACGACCUAACGGAGGUUGCCAAGAUCGUGCCGCUUGUGCCGCCGAUUCCCGAAGGUGGCGCGGUGCUUGCCGUGAAGGCCACCGUGCUGCGCGGCGGCCUCGCUACCGGCGUGACCGUUCACCACGCCGCCUGCGACGGGGUGUCGUCGACGCACUUCCUCCGCACCUGA